AUGGGAACAUGCAUAAACACUAAUGGUUCAUAUCUCUGUACCUGUCCACCUGGGUACAAAAUUCAACCGGAUGGCCGAACAUGUGUCGAUAUUGACGAGUGUGCUCUCGGCGAAUGUCAAGGCAAUGAUCGAAUUUGCGUCAACACUCUUGGUCAGUUCAAGUGUCAUGAGAUUAGAUGCCCAGAGAACUACGUUCACGACGUCAAUUAUAAGAAUCGCUGUAAUCGCCUUCGUUCGAUUUGCGGUGGACUAACCGAAGCUGCAUGUAAAUCUCGUUAUCCGGUACACAUUACUUGGCAGUACAUAGCGAUUCCUAAAGGGAUCGCCAUCACAUCGCAUCGCCCAACCAUCACAUUGUUCACCAUCAAAGGACCGGCCCACAACGAUUCGAUCGUCCAGUUCGAGCUGAAUCUCAAGCGCGCUAUUCCGGAAUCACCAGGCGUCCUGCUGGCAAUCCGCCAGAAUUUUCUGCUACAAAAAGGCAAGGAUCGUAAUUCGGCAGUGAUCGCCGUUCGGGACACGCUGGACGGACCUCAGACCAUCGAAUUGGAGCUGAUCCUGAGGCUCACGAAAAAAUCACAAUUUACUGGAAAAUACAUAGCGAAUCUAAUAGUACACGUAGCUCCUCAUAAACGACAUUCUGGCGGAUUUGGUCACAAGCACCGGCUUUAA